UCGCAGGGAUUAGCGUGAUUCGGUGAAGUCUGAUGACUGAACCUUGCGCGACAGUUUUUCACAUUGCAAACUCAACUUUUGUGCUGACCUAUGUCUUGGGGUCGACCUUGAUGCAGCGUGGGUGCAGGUGAACGAGGGGAAGAUCCCGGUACGAGCUAUUUUUAAGACGAUUAGUGGGUUCAAACGUGCUGGUGCCGUUAUAGCUGAAUCGAACUGCUGGUCCAUGAUCAAGGGUGGACUCACUGUUGAUGAAUCUGGGCCAGCUGAGCUUUACUUCGAGAGCAAAGACACCUCGGUUGAGAUAUGGGUUGACAGCGUCUCGCUACAACCGUUCACAACAGAAGAAUGGAGAUCACAUCGGGAGCAAACCAUUGAGGAGAAACAUAAAAGAAAGGUCAGAAUCCAUGUAGUGGACAAGCAAAACAAGCCUCUGGCUAAUGCCACCAUCUCUAUAGUACAAAAGAAGCUGAGCUUCCCAUUUGGUAGUGCCAUAAACAAGAACAUCCUGACAAACACUGCAUACCAAAAUUGGUUCACUUCCAGAUUCACUGUCACGGCCUUCGAGGACGAAAUGAAGUGGUACACGAACGAGCCCUCCCAAGGCCACGAGGACUACUCGGCAGCAGAUGCAAUGCUCAAAUUUGCACAGCAACACGGCAUAUCAGUCCGUGGCCACAAUGUGCUGUGGGAUGACCCUAGGUACCAGCCUUCAUGGGUCAAUUCCCUCUCGGCAAGCCAACUCUCCACAGCCGUCACAAAUAGGAUAUACUCUAUCAUGAAGAGGUACAAGGGCCAGGUCAUCGGUUGGGAUGUGGUCAAUGAAAACCUGCACUUCUCGUUCUUUGAGAGGAAGCUCGGGCCGCAAGCAUCUGCUCACGCUUAUAAAGCGGCCAAGUUCAUUGAUCCCUCGACCACCUUGUUUUUGAAUGAUUAUAACACGAUAGAGGAUAGCAGGGACGGGUCAUCUUCACCUACCGCUUAUGCCAACAAGGUAAGAAGCAUUCAAUCUUCGGGCGGCAGGAAUUUGGGCAUCGGACUUGAGUCUCAUUUCAACGUGCCCAACAUCCCUUACAUGAGAUCUGCCAUCGACACUCUUGGAGCUUUGGGACUGCCAAUGUGGUUAACCGAAGUCGACGUGCAAAGUGGACAAAAUCAGGCAACGUACUUGGAGCAGGUGUUGAGGGAGGCGCACGCUCAUCCAAAGAUCAACGGAAUAAUACUGUGGACCGCCUGGAAGCCGGAGGGGUGUUACCGGAUGUGUCUGACGGACAACAACUUCCGCAACUUGCCAACCGGCAACGUGGUUGACAAGCUGUUGAAGAAAUGGGGUGGGGCGGGGCAGGUAUUGUCGGGCACGACUGGUUCGGACGGCACCUUGGAGGCCUCGCUCUUUCAUGGCGAUUACCAAGUGACAGUCACUCAGCCAGGGGCAAACACUUCAUAUGCUGUUCAAGGCUUUGAGGUCGCUCCAACAGAGACUUCCCAGAAGAGAUUAAUUCUUCGUGUCUGA